AUGGAUUGGAUGGAGGACUUGACUGUGCGUAUCCACAAGGAAAAUCAUAAGGACGAUGAUUACUUGGCAUCUUUCAUGGACUUGGUACAACGAAGUCAAAAAGAGCUUCCAACAGACAAGUCUCAAAUCAAAUUCAUGAAGCCUAUUUGUCUUAGAGAAUUGGAUAGGAAACUUGCAACAGAUGAGUCCAAUGCAGCAGAGGAACUAUCAGCAGAAGAACCAUCUCAACAAAAAGAAGGAGUUGAUGUUCCGAGAUUGGUAUUCUAUACGCCAUAUGUUACAUUCGGGUAUUGUUAUUCCCAAAAUGAAAAGUCGAAUAGAGAAAGGCACAAGGAGCUUUUGGAAAAAUACAAAGGGCGUAUUCUGCAUGGACCAAGAUCCCUGGAUCGAUUCUACUACAACACGUUGCCACAACCUGAAAUGGACGAACGCGAUCAGAGCCAAGUGAUUACUCGUGGACUGCUCAAUUUGAAAAUGGGAGACCCAUUUCCAAAAGUUUUCAGAAAAUGGCCAUAUCUUACUGUUGAUCAACUAUGGGUCUGGGUCAUUGACGAAGAAACCAUAAUCACUUCAUCAACGCACCGCGAGGAUGAUUUCGAUGCUCUUCUGUUCGAAAAAGUCUGGGACAAUUUACUUCAAGCCAGUCAAGAUGGGUUUCGAGAGAAGCUACCUUCUACUGUCACCGAAAUGAGCCAUUUUCUCGUCAGCACUUGUGCUGAUUUCAUCAAUAAUCUUACAUGGGAGGACGUCUGUGGUGAAAACUACAAGGAACUUCCUAGAGAAGUAAAAGACGCAUGGUUGAAACCGAUACUGCUAUGGUACGCCGACAGCAUCAACAGUGCCGCAGCUAAGGAGAAGAUAUUGUACAAGUCCUACAAAGACAGAAUGGCAGCGGCAGCGAGAGCGAAAGAAGUAGUAGAGAAGAAGACGACUGGCCAAGAUAAGAACCAUCAGCAAGACGCUGAAAAUUACGACAUGAAGAAAGACGAGAAUGACUGGAAGACAAUCAAUUCUGCUGCAACACUCUUGGACGAGGUCAAGGAUAUUCGAGAUGAACUCAUGAUUAUGAGACUUCUAGUUACACAACAGGAAGGUGUCUUGAAGGGCCUGAUGGGUCCAGAUCCGAAAAGUCGGAAGAUGCAAAGCCUCAGUUUCAUUGUCAACGAGCUGGAUAAUAUGGUCAAGACGACGGACUCGAUCCAAAAAUCGGUACUACAGAUUUCUCUUCUUGCUUGGCGUUGGAUAGCUGACAAUUGCCAGAUCGACUACUUCAUCAAUAUUAAGCAAUCCAUGAUGUCUCUGGAUUUAAGCGCAGAAAAUGCCAAACAAGGAAAUAUUCUGUUUAUUUUCACAAUUGUCACUGUCAUUUUCACACCUUUGUCAUUCUUGUCAUCUCUCCUUGCAAUCAACACCACAACAUCCCGACACAAUGAUGAUGGGGAGCUUGAAUACGAACCGGCAUGGAUGUAUGGCAUCAUCUGUAAGUUUUCGUCUCUACCUGGCUGUCACCCGGCCUUGAUAACCAAGGAAGGCUAA